UCUUUGCUACUACAUCUUCACUUUCCUCCCUAUAUUUUUCCAUCUCACUUUUCUCAUUUCCUCUUCUAAUUCACCUCUUUUCCCCCCACUCUAUCAUCAUAAUAAUCUUCUAAUUUUAAGUGACUUCAAACAUCAAAAAAGUCGCAAAAUAGUGUGUCCAUUUUUUUCUCCUAGCUAAUCUUGUUUCUUCUAAAUUUAGUACUUACAAAUAUAUUGUGUGUCCAUUUUUUUUUUUUCCAAGAAAAUUCCUACCCUUUUUUCAUCUUGAUUAGUUCUUGAUAUUUGUCUUUUUUUUAAAAAAAAUGGAGAAGGGAAAUUUGUUCAUGAAUGAUGAUAACACUACAAUUGUUAGUAGUUAUGAACAACUUCAAAAUUGUUUCUUUAAUCCAAAUUUGGAUUUGGAUAAUAGUAACAAUAACAAUUCUGAUCCAUUUGAGUCUGCAUUAAGUUCAAUGGUGUCCUCUCCAAUUGCAUCAAUUCCUAAUAAUAAUAAUAAUAGUAAUAGUAAUAGUAGUCAUGGUGGUGAUAAUUUUGUGUUAAGGGAAUUAAUUGGUAGACUAGGAAGUAUUUGUAAUUCAAGAGAAAUGUCACCAAAUUCUCAUAACAUGUAUAACAACAAAAAUAAUUAUAAUAAUAGUAGUACUAAUAAUUCUUGUUAUAGUACUCCUUUAAAUUCCCCACCAAAAUUAAAUCUUUCUAUGAUGGGGAAUUUGCCACCAACACAAUUUACUACUGAUCCUGGAUUUGUUGAAAGGGCAGCAAGAUUUUCUUGUUUUGCAACAAACUUGGAAAGUGGACAACUUUCAAGAGUUUCAAGUAACCAAGAAUUCAAAGAUGUCAAUUUGCUUCAAAGAAAUUCAGAUCAAUUUGGAGAUAAUUCAAGAGAAAAUUCAUCCGUUUCUGAGCAAAUCCCAUCUGGUGAAAUUGGCUCAAGGAAAAGAAAAUCAAUUUCCAAGGGAAAAUCAACCAAGAUUGCCAAUGAGAAAAAUGAAUCAAAUGCCAAAAGAAGUAAGUCUGAGGAAAAUGAUAAUAAUAAUAAUAAUAAUAAAGCAAAAGAAGAAGAAAAAGCUGUUGUAGAAGAAAAUAAAGAUAAUCAAAAGCCACCAGAGCCACCAAAGGACUAUAUUCAUGUGAGAGCCAGAAGGGGACAGGCCACAGAUGCACAUAGUCUAGCUGAAAGAGUGAGAAGAGAAAAAAUAAGUGAAAGAAUGAAGCUUUUACAAGAUCUUGUACCAGGCUGCAAUAAGGUGACUGGAAAAGCUGUGAUGCUUGAUGAGAUUAUUAACUAUGUACAAUCACUUCAACGCCAAGUUGAGUUCCUUUCAAUGAAGUUAGCUACUGUGAAUCCAAGAAUGGACUUUAACAUGGAAGCUCUUCUUUCCAAGGAUAUGUUCCAAUCUAGGGGAUCAUUGGCACAUAACAUGAUGUAUCAAUCAGAAAAUUCAACACAAGCAUUUCCAUAUGGAUUUCAAUCUCAACCAAACCAAAAUUUUCAAAAAGGAACAGACUUUCCCUUCCCAAUUAACUCAUUGAAUAACAAUUUGAUGAGAAAUUCAAAUAUGCAAUUGCCUCCUCUAGAUGGUUUUGUUGAACCUACCCCUCAGGUCCCUACAUUUUUUGAGGAUGAUCUCAAUAGUGUUGUUCAAAUGGGAUUUGGCCAAAAUCAGAACCAGAGUUUUCCUGGUAAUAUUCCUAAUUCUCAAAUGAAAGUUGAACUAUGACCCCAAAAAAGCCCAGUAAAAAUUGAUGCAUUUAUUUGAGGCCCCAAAUGAGAGAGGCUUCUGUAUAUAGAGAGCGAAAAUUCGCGAUUAAAAUCUAUUCAGAUCAGAUUUCGCUAUUCGAUUCUUGAAGAAGAAAAAGAAAAAAGAGAUAUUUUUCUUUUUCAAAUUCUUGAUCCUAUUUAGUGAUUAAUUUGGCUGAUUCUGAUUAUUAUUGUUAUUAUUAUUAUUAUUACUAGUUUAAUUUUUUUUCUUUUCCUUUAUGGAAUUCUUAAUCUUAAUACAAGAAUUGGAGAGGCACUUUGUAAAAUAUUUUGUAGUAGCAUUUGGUUGAUGAUAGAUGGAUAUGUACUUUUUCUAUAGACAUAUUUUCUUACCAUUCUAAUUUUAUCGCUAAUUCAUUGAAGACAAAAUUGUUGUAUUGUAUUAUAUAUAUUUUUUUGUUUA